AUGAUUUAGAUUAGAAAUCUUCAGAUAUAUUGUUCUUGUGGGAAAAAGAAUCUUUUUCAAUAGGUUUGCCUUAAUUAAUCAUUUAGAGCUACCAAUAGAGCUUAUUGUCUUAAAUGUGAUAAAAGAAAUGAACAUUUUUCUUGUCAAUAUAAAGUAAAAGAUGAAGAAGGAUUAAUACAAUUUUUUGAAGAUAUUGGGAAAAAAAUGGAGAUAUAUAUACAGAAUUUAUAAGAAAGUUUAAAAAAAAUAGUCGAAGGAUUUAAUGAAUUAACUAGAAGCCUCAGAAAUAAAUGUUAAUACAAUCAAUAAAGACUUUAAGAAUUAAAUGAACAGAAUUUGAAGAAUAUUUAAGACGAAAUCUUUUAAUUUUAAGAUGAAUUUGAGAAAGGUUUAGAAGAAGAGAUGCAGAAUUGUUCAAAAAAUAUGCUUAUUAAAUUAAAUAAUUGGAUUGAUGAAUUAAGAAAAAAAGUAAACAAAGUAUAUUACCCGAUAUUGAUUUUGCUUCAAUGA